AUGGCUGUUUCUAGUGGAGGCUUAGAUAACCCUUCGUUAAUGUUAGGCAGUCAACCAACAUCGGCAUUUACUCAAUUUAACAGCGGAAUGUCAAGAAAUAAUUCACAUGGAACAGAGGAUUCUAUUUGUAAUGCAGAAACAAUAAACGCUUUAGUCGAAUUAGCUAAUAGACAACAACAAUUCCAUCAACAACAGAAAUUUUCGUUAAAUUCAGCUUUGGGAAAUUUUGAGAAUACUCUCGCUGCAACAGAAUUGGCCUCUCGAAUUUCCGAUGUUGCUACUGGAAAUGGUUGUAAUCAUUCACCUUUAGGAGCAACAUUAGAGAAUACUGUUUGCAUUACUUCACAGCCAUCAAAUGUAGAAAAGAUGGAGAUAUCUGAGGAUAACGGUCCUUUAAAGGAGGAAAUUAAUAGUGUUGAGAGAGAAUUAAUGGAUGAAGAAUUAUUGGACGAAGAUUUGGGCUGUUGCCCACUUUCUUCUCCUACAAUAUCCUCUCAAUCGACUGGGGAGGCUUCAAUUACACACCAACAAAGUCCUGGGGAUGCGGACAGGGAUAGUAUUGAUACAAAUGAUCAACCAUCAGAAAUAUCCAAACCAACAACAAUUGUAAAUAUCAAACAACAAUUAUCUCCAAUAAAUAAUCAAAAAAAUACUUCAAAUAAUUCUCUUUUGUCUUCACAACCAAUGGAUGCUUCUUCAUCUUCUCCUUGCUUUUAA